GGAGCUGUGCUCCUCGAGGCGGACCCCAGGCUCGCGGUCCUGACUCCAGGCUCCGCGUGGCCGUCGUGCGGCGCCUUCCCGCGCGGGUCCGGGCUCGCCAGGCAGUCGGAGCUGCUCAGCUCCCUCACAGCCAUAUUCCUCCUUCCAUCCGCCCGCACUUCCACCCUCCCCGCCACUCCCCACCCCGUCUUCGAGUCCUCCCUUUUUUUGUUGGGGGCGGGGCGGGUGGGGGUGGGUUUUUUAUGAGAACUAUUGACAUUUCUGGUCCCGGCGUCUCUGCGGGCUGAGGUGAUGUAGCGCCGAGGGGAAUCCGUCGGCCGAGCGUCCCUCUCCCUGCCCGCGCCGGGGCCGCUCGGAGGCGCCGAAUUCCAGGGGGCUCCCGCCCCUCGGGGUUCCUCCUCCUGCCUCUGGAGGUGACUGGUUGGCGCGAAGCGAUUGGCGAUCCCGGACGCGAUCCGGCCUUGGCUCCCCGCGCGGCGCCGGGUGAAUGGCCGCGGGCGGAGGAUUCGGAGGCGCCGGGCGCAGACCAAUCGCGGCCGCCGGUGGGAGUAUUUGUUAUUCACAUGGAAGACACUUGGCGCCGGCCGGGCCAGCUCAGCCCCCUCAGCCCAGAGACCAGCCACAAGUGCGGCCGCGGUGCUCGCCUCACGCGGCGGCGGUGGCGGCGCUGACAUGGAGCUGCGGGCCCCCCGCGGGCUUCCUCACCGCGCCCUCUGCGGGGAGCAGGGAAUAAUUCUGCUACAGGGCUGACUUCAAGGACGUGAAUUGUUGACCUCAUCCCACCUUCAGAACCUCAGCUGUUAUUCUAAUUUUUGCACCAUUCCAGGCAAGUUGACUUUAUAUGGAAAUAAAAUUGAACCUUAGGGGUCUGAUGGAAAUUCACUGUGACAUUGAAAUCAAGAAAACUUGCUGAAACCCACAGAGCCUUUUCCCCCAUGGGCCCUGAUGGUAGCCUCCAGAAGGUGCAGUCUCUGGUGGUGCCCCUUCUUCUGUGGCAAGAAUAAACUCUGGGUCUUGGGUUGCAACACCACCUGUGGAGAAAAUGGUAUGCGAGGGAAAGCGAUCAGCCUCUUGCCCUUGUUUCUUCCUCCUGACGGCCAAGUUCUACUGGAUCCUCACAAUGAUGCAAAGAACUCACAGCCAGGAGUAUGCCCAUUCCAUACGAGUGGAUGGGGACAUCAUUUUGGGGGGUCUCUUCCCUGUCCACGCAAAGGGAGAGAGAGGGGUACCUUGUGGGGAGCUGAAGAAGGAAAAGGGGAUCCACAGACUGGAGGCCAUGCUUUAUGCAAUUGACCAGAUUAAUAAGGACCCUGAUCUCCUCUCCAAUAUUACUCUGGGUGUCCGGAUCCUUGACACGUGCUCCAGGGACACGUAUGCUUUGGAGCAGUCAUUAACAUUCGUGCAGGCAUUGAUAGAGAAAGACGCUUCUGACGUGAAGUGUGCUAAUGGAGAUCCACCCAUUUUCACCAAGCCUGACAAGAUUUCUGGUGUCAUAGGUGCUGCAGCAAGCUCCGUGUCCAUCAUGGUUGCUAACAUUUUAAGACUUUUUAAGAUACCUCAAAUCAGCUAUGCAUCCACAGCCCCAGAGCUAAGUGAUAACACCAGGUAUGACUUCUUCUCUCGGGUAGUCCCGCCUGACUCCUACCAAGCGCAAGCCAUGGUGGACAUUGUUACAGCACUGGGGUGGAAUUAUGUGUCAACACUGGCUUCUGAGGGCAACUAUGGAGAGAGUGGUGUGGAGGCCUUCACUCAGAUCUCAAGGGAGAUUGGUGGUGUUUGCAUUGCUCAAUCACAGAAAAUCCCACGUGAACCAAGACCUGGAGAAUUUGAAAAAAUUAUCAAACGCCUGCUAGAAACACCUAAUGCUCGGGCAGUGAUUAUGUUUGCCAAUGAAGAUGACAUCAGGAGGAUAUUGGAAGCAGCAAAAAAAUUAAACCAAAGUGGUCAUUUUCUCUGGAUUGGCUCAGAUAGUUGGGGAUCCAAAAUAGCACCUGUUUAUCAGCAGGAGGAGAUUGCAGAAGGAGCAGUGACGAUUCUGCCCAAAAGGGCAUCAAUUGAUGGGUUUGAUCGCUACUUUAGAAGCCGAACUCUUGCCAAUAAUCGAAGAAAUGUGUGGUUCGCAGAAUUUUGGGAGGAGAAUUUUGGAUGCAAGUUAGGAUCACAUGGAAAAAGGAACACUCAUAUAAAGAAAUGCACAGGGCUGGAGAGAAUUGCGAGGGAUUCAUCUUAUGAACAGGAAGGAAAGGUCCAAUUUGUAAUUGAUGCAGUAUAUUCCAUGGCUUAUGCCCUGCACAACAUGCACAAAGAUCUCUGCCCUGGAUACAUUGGUCUCUGCCCACGAAUGAGUACGGUGGACGGGAAAGAGCUACUUGGUUACAUUCGGGCUGUCAAUUUCAAUGGUUGUGUGCUUCAUCAGUUUGAACCAUCUGAGCCUUUAAAGUUAUUUAUUCAACAGAUUGCUAAUGAAUGCCUACUCUGUACUAUCUUUAUUAGGAUCAUCGCCAGCAGUGGCACGCAAAGGGCAGUCCCUGCCCUCAGGAGGAUGCAGUUCAGUGGGGCAAGCAGUUGUUUACAAAUAACUACAAAAUGUGAAGUAUUAGGGUGCUGACCUAGAGACUAUCUUGGGAGGAGGAGGGCACGGCUGAUUAGAUAGAGAAGUCGGUGACUUGAUGACAUCAUCACGAAAGUGGUGGUACUUAAACUGAGACCUGAAUUCUGAAAAAGACAAGAACCUAGGAAAAAACUAAUAUAAAAGUCUUAAGGCAGAAAAGAGACUUUUUGUCACUACCAUGCUGAAUUCUUCUGUCAAUGGACUCAGAUCCUUUUUGCUAGAAAGUAUGUUACUUCCCCCAAAUUCUCAAAGUGGCACAUGUAGUGUAAACACUUAGUAGAAACACAGGAAGGCCUCCCAGGGUGUAAGCAUGUGCUCUACGUGAGCUUGCACUCCAUUCCACUGAAGUUGGGAAGUACUGAUUUUAAACGUGUUUUCUUUAAAGUUCACACUGUGAACAUGCUACUACUGAAGAGUGAGGAAAUAUUUUGUCUUGCAAAUAUUUCCCAGAUGAUAAUAUCGGUGGUUGGCAAGUAUGCUAUAGCAAACUCUAUCUGGUAAUGAUUAGUCACAUGUUAAUUUUCACAGCAAUUUCAACAACUGCUGUUAGCUUAUAUGGAAAGUAAACUGUCUGCACUCUGUGUCAUCAUUGAGUCCCAUGUGCCCAAGGAGAAAGAGGUUGGUUUGGAUGGAUCAGAUUUGAACUUUGAUGCUGUGUUCCUGGGUGGAGUCAUCCUCUGGCCAAAAGCAGUAAACAGGGCUCUCGGUGGAGGGUUCCCUGAAAGAGCAGUGAUAAUGAGGUGCUGGGAUGAUCUCUCUAAGCAGGCCAGAGCCAUCUAGCUUUUGUUCUGUAGAUGUGUUUUCUUGCUAUUGACAAAAGAUCACCAUCCUGGUCUGAGAAGGAUAGGGGCAGGUUGGCCUCCUUCAAGGCAAACCAGACCUUGCUUGUGUAGCUGGUUCAUUUUCUCAACUAACAUAUGGACAAGGAUUCCUCCAUAUCAUAUUGUCUUCCCUAGUUUGUGAGGUUCCACCAUGGAGUUUGUGGCCAAAGUCACAGCUAAUAAUGCAGUCUAAUCUAAUCCGAUCCAAUCUAAUACUAAUAAGUGACUUCUUUUGUAUACUUUAUGCAUGUUUCCUUGGAGGCCUUUAUAAGAGGAGGAUAGGUUAAGCCAAGGCAGACCUUGUGUAUUCCCAGUUUUCCUAUCCAAAUAAUCUCUUCAAUGCAAGUCCUUUAAAGAAUCUCAAACUAAAUUUAGGUUAAGAUAAAUUAAAAUACAUACACACAUGCAUAAUGCAAACAUAGCUACAUGGUAUAGAAGGUUGUAAUAGAUAUAAGAAAUAUCCUUCUAACAUAAUGUUUAAUUUAUCUCUCUCCAUUGUAACAUAAACCAGGAAAUUAAGAAUACAGCAAUAACAAAAAAUAAAGAAGCCUUACAAAACUGAGAAGUAGAGGAUGACUCUGUUGACUUUUUAAAAAAAAUUUUUAAAUGUUUUUAUUUAUUUUUGAGACAGAGACAGAGAGAGACAGAGAGAGACAGGGAGGGGCAGAGAGAGAGGGAAACACAGAAUCUGAAGCAGGGUCCAGGCUCUGAGAUGUCAGCACAGAGCCUGAUGCGGGGCUUGAACUCACAGACCGUAAGAUCAUGACCUGAGCCGAAAUCAGAUGCUCAACCAACUGAGCCACCCAGGUGCUCCAUACUCUGUUGACUUUUAAAGUUAUAGUAAAGUAUAACUCCUGGAUUUAAAAUCUGAGUUUUGUAUUUUAUUCAAUAGCAUUUUUCUUAUUUCUCCUGAAAUUUCCAGUGGAAAAAUAGGCUAAUAGAAAUACUAACAUUUAUUGAGUCCUUCUGAUGUGCCAAGCAUAUUUUUAAGCAUCUUUUGUGUAUUACCCCAUUUAAUCCUCAAAAUAAUCUGAUGAAGUAGGAACAAUUUUUAUCCCUAUUUCUGCAGAUGAGGAAACUGAAGUAUAGGCUCUAGUUUACCUACCGAGUAAAGUGGUACAGCCAGGACUUGAGCCCUGGGAGACUUACUUAGCCUAGAGGUGCAUGGCUAAUGACUGUGGUGGUUAUGGUAAUUACUAUGGUAACCACCUGUAAUGAUAACUGCUAUUGUAGAAACAGAGGGAAACUUAUUAGUGAAAAAACUGUGUAUUUAAAAGAAAAAACAAAGAACAUUUGUAGUUUCAAUAGAACAGUGGGACUCAUGGAGUCAGAUUAGUUCUCUGUGGCUAUGCAGGUGACGUGAGACAAAAUGAAAACUGACUGAAGGAAAACCAAAACCAAAAAAGGUCAUUUCUGGGACCCCUGGCUGGCUCAGUUGGUACAGCAGGUGACUCUUGAUCUUGGGGUUGUGAGUUCAAGCCCCACAUUGGUGGAGAUUACAUUAAAAAAUAAAUUAAAAACCAACAAACGUUGUUUCCAAGAGUUGGAAGACAAUGAAUAAAAUAAAUGUGAAGUCAAGGUAAAUCUUUUGGAAGUUCAUUACAGUCAUUUAUGAGUCUUGGAUAUUAGCAUCCAUGACUUUACUGAGGCUGAGAAAUGGGCAUUAAGGUUCCUUCCAGCCCAGUAAUUUUUACCUAAUAAGCUUCAUUGCUGUAAAAUGCACAUACAAUAAAGCCAACUAGUUUUAAGUAUACAAUUUGGUGUGUUUUUUAUGAAUGAAUACAAUUGGAUAACCACCCCCACAAUCAUGUUAUUGAACAUAUUCAUCACUCUUGAUGGUUCUUCCUGCCUCUUUCAGUUCGUCCCUCCCUGGAAACCACUGAUCUGCUUUCUGUCAGUAUAUUUUUGCCUUUUCAAAAAUUAAUACGAAUGGAAUUAUACAUUUUGCAAUUUUUGUAUCUGGCUUCUUCUACUUAGCAUAAAGCUUUUGCAAUUUACCUGCGUUGUGUCUGUCAAUAGUUCAUUGCCUUUUUUUCAUGAAUAUAUCACAAUUUGUGUUUCAGUUAACUGGUGGAUGGAAUCUGGAUUAUUUUCAGCUUCCUCCAUUAUGAAUAAAGCUUCUACAAACACACAAAUACAACUUUUGUGUGGACAUAUGCUUUUGUUUCUCCUGGGUACAUAGUUUGGAGUGGCAUUGCUGGAAUGUAUGGGAAGAAUAUAUUUAACUUUAUCAGAAACUGUCAAACUGUUUUCUAAAGUGACUGUUCCAUUUUGCAUUCCUAACAGCAACGUUUGACUGUUCCAGUUGCUGCACUCUUCUCCAACACUUGAUAAUGUCAGUGAUUUUAAUUUUAGGCAUACUAGUGGGUGUAUAGUGAUUUCUCACUGUGAAUCUAUCCUGCAUGUGUUCAUUUCUCUGAUUACUAAUUGUCUUAUGUAUUUUUCCAUAUGCUAAUUUGCCAUUUCUGUAUCUUCUUUGAUUGUUUCUUCAAAUCUCUUACUCAUUUUAAAAACUGAUUUGAUUUAUUUUUUUAAAGUUUAUUUAUUUUGAGAGAGAGAGAAAGAGAGAGGGGCAGAGAGAGGAGAGAGAGAAAGAGAGAGAGAGAGAGAGAGAACCCCAAGAAGGCAGCACAGAGACCGAUGCAGGUCUCAAACCCAUGAACCAGCCGUGAGGUCAUGACCUGAGCCAAAGUCAAGAGUCCAGGGCUUAACCAACUGAGCAACCCAGGCACCCCUGAAUUAAUUUCUUAUUAUUGAAUUGUAAAAGUUCUUUAUUCUAGAAAUGAGUCUUUUAUUUUAUAUAAAUAUACACAAAUAAAUAUGUAUAUAUAUUUCGCACAAAUAUUUUUUCUUUUCAUUUUUAUAAUGGUGUCAUUUGACAAACAUUUUUAAUUUUGGUGAAGGCCAGUUUAUCAACCUUUUAUUUUAUGCAUCUUACCUUUUUUGUCCUAGCUAAGAAAUUUGUGUCUAACUCAAGAUUACAAAAGUUUCUCCCGAAAGUUUUAUAGUUUUACCUCUUACAUUUACGUCUAUGAUCAAUAGAAAGGUAAUUUUUGAAUAUGGUAUAAAGUAAGGUUUGGGGUUCAUUUCUUAAAAUAUACUCAUCCUGUUGUCCUGCCACCAUUUUUUGAACAGACUGCCCAUUUCCCAUUGAAUAUCCUUUUGCUGAAAAUCAUUUGAACACGUAUGUGUGAGUAUAUGUCUGGACUUGCUAUCUUGUUCCAUAUGUUUAUAUGUUUAUGCUUAUGCUAAUUUCACACUGUCUUGAUUACAAUAGCUUUAGGUUAGGUUUUGAAGUCAGGUAGUAAAUUUUUUAUUUUUAAAAAUUACUUUGCUAGUCUGUCUUUUGCAUCUACAUAUCAAUUUUAGAAUUUGUCAAUUUGUAAAAAAAGACCUCUAUGAUUUUAAUUGGGAUAGAAUUGAAUCUGUAGCUCAAUUUGGAGAAAACUGACAUCUUAAAAACACUGAAUCUUUUCAUCUAUGCACAUGGUAUAUCUUUCCAUUUAUUUAGAUAUUUUUAAAUUUCUCUCUAUGGUAUAGUUUUCAGUGUAAAGAUGUUGCACAUAUUUUGUUAAAUUUACACCAAUAAUUUCAUAUGCUUGAUAGUCUUUCUUGUAAAUGCAAUUAGUUUUUUUAAAUUUCCAUGUCUAAAUUCUUGUUGCUAGUAGAAAUAUUAAUUUUUGUAUUCUCACUUUCUAUGAAGCAAUCAUUAUUAACUUACAUUUUAGCUAUUUUUUUUUUUUUUAGUUUCCAUAGGCUUUUCUACAUAAACAAUCAUGUUGUCUGUAAAUAAAGACAGUAUAACUUUUUCCUUUCAUGUAUGUAUGCUGUUCAGUUUUUCUUUCUGCUUUGUAACACUGACUAGGACCUCUAGUACAAUGUUGAAUAACGGUAGCAAAAUCAAGCAUCCUUGCUUUUCUUUAUCUUUGUCUGAAAUAAUUCCAUCUUUUACCAUUUGGUAUGACAUACCAACCUGGAUAAAUCUAGAAAACAUGAGCUAUAUAAACUAG